GGCGUGCGCCCGCAAAGACCGACUGACGGUGGCCGCGGCGGAAGCGGCUGUGGAGACGACGAUGGCCGGGACAGGGCCGCCCCCGGGACUCCCGGGUGCGGGGGGAGCUUUGCCCUCGGGCCCAGGGCCUGGCGUGCCCGGGAAGAGCGGCGAGGAGCGACUGAAAGAGAUGGAGGCGGAGAUGGCGCUGUUUGAGCAGGAAGUCUUGGGAGCCCCAAUAUCUGGGAUUCCAGCCCCAGUUGUGCCAGCUGUGGAACCUGCACCUGUGAUCCGCCCAAUCAUUGCCACCAACACCUACCAGCAGGUCCAACAGAGCCUGGAGGCCCGGGCAGCAGCAGCAGCCACAGUAAUUGCUCCCAUUGUAGGUCCCCCUGGCCCCUUUGUGGGUCCUGUUGGUUUUGGUCCUGGAGGAGAUAGAGGUCGUCUUGACAGCCCUGAGGCCCGGGAUGCCAUGUUCCUUCGCCGGGCGGCAGUGCCCCCGCAGCGUCCCCCCAUCCUGCGCCCAGCCUUCGUCCCCCAUGUGCUGCAGAGAGCGGCAGGUGGCCCACGCCCCAUGGCUCUUCGGCCCCCACAUCAGGCACUGGUUGGGCCUCCCCUGCCUGGUCCCCCCGGACCUCCCAUGAUGUUGCCACCAAUGGCCCGGGCACCAGGACCCCCACUUGGCACAAUGGCAACCCUGAGGCCUCCUCCAGAGGAGCCUCCAGCCCCUCGGGAACUAGGCUUGGGCCUGGGCCUGGGCCUGAAAGAGAAGGAAGAAGCUGCUGCUGUAGCUGUGGCAGCUGCUGCGGCUGCAGGGCUGGAAGAAGCGGGUGCAGCUGUGGGGGGCCCAGGAGCCGCUGCAGUCAUUGGGCCCAGCCUCCCCCUGCCCUUGGCCAUGCCCUUGCCUGAGCCUGAGCCCCUGCCUCUACCCCUGGAAGUCGUUCGGGGCCUGCUUCCACCUCUUCGAAUCCCUGAGCUCCUGUCCCUCAGGCCUCGGCCCCGGCCCAGGCCUGAGCCUCAGCCACCCCCGGGACUCAUGGCCCUCGAGGUCCCAGAGCCUUUGGGUGAGGACAAGAAGAAAGGGAAGCCAGAGAAGCUAAAACGUUGCAUCCGAACAGCAGCUGGGAGCAGUUGGGAAGACCCCAGCCUCCUGGAGUGGGAUGCAGAUGACUUCCGGAUCUUCUGUGGGGACCUAGGCAAUGAGGUGAAUGAUGACAUUUUGGCCAGAGCCUUCAGCCGAUUUCCCUCCUUCCUCAAGGCCAAAGUUAUCCGGGAUAAGCGCACAGGCAAGACCAAGGGUUACGGCUUUGUCAGUUUCAAGGACCCCAGUGACUAUGUGCGCGCCAUGAGGGAGAUGAAUGGAAAGUAUGUGGGCUCUCGCCCCAUCAAGCUUCGAAAGAGCAUGUGGAAGGACCGCAACCUGGAUGUUGUUCGGAAGAAGCAGAAGGAGAAGAAGAAACUAGGGCUUAGAUAGCCCAGACCCCCAAGAUUCCCCUUUAUCCCCUGUGAUGACCUUGCCCCUGUCCUCAGUCUGAAUAAAUUUGAAUUCUUUCCAUCAGA